AUGCGCAAUGCACAACAGGAAGAAAUACCUGGACAAGCCCUCGCACAGAUUUGGCGGCCUGUCGUCAAUGCAUUCACCGCAACCGGCAUUACAAAACCGACAGACAGACUUAUUGCUCUGUACGGGGUCGGCUCCCGGAUCAAGAGAGUAUGUGGCUGGCCCUAUGUGGCUGGCAUGUUUUUGAAGAAUCUUCAAAGCCAACUUUGUUGGAAAGUCACUGAAGAAAGCAAGUCGACAAGACCAGAAACACCCAUCGCCCCGACUUGGUCGUGGGCAUCUAUCAGCAGCCCGGUAAACAUGAUGCCCCAAUGGGAACUGAUUGAGCGCGACGAGACUGGCGAGGGACCACAGGCCGGAGAUCUGAACAAGCAGUAUCUAUGCGAUGUCCUGAGCAUUGAACCUGGCACUUCGGCGGCCGAGAACUCAGGCCAUACCAGCAGUGCAACGCUUCAUGUCAGCUGUCACCUAGUCCCAGCCACGAUUUUUGAGUCCCAACCGCUUAGUCUACGUUUCAAUCCUGUGUAG